AUGGCUCUCUUCGGCGCCAUGUCGAUACCUAAGCCGCUGUUGACGCUCCUGUUGGUGGCGGCUUCAGUCGCACCCUCUGAGGCUACUAUGGCAUCGUGGUGGAACACGGUCGCUAGUCAGGUUGUCGUCCUGAACGAGACUACGGGCCAAUAUAGAUACACCAGGUGCAACAGCAUGGGAAUGGAUACCAUCUACUAUUCAACCACGGGCGGCAACUACCUCAAUUUUACCAAAAGCCCGCCCAAAGCUGGCAGUCCUUUGACCGGGACUGGCUGGUAUGACCAAACAAAUGCCUGGGCAUCAUUAUUUUACUUCGAUGAGUCCAAUAGUAUCAGAAACGCCAUCUUCAAGUGUGAUCCGUCGACCGGUCUCUACAUGGACUCAGAGUCACAAUUCUGGCCCGUUGUGGCCGAGGGAGCGCCGACGCCUCAUAAUAACUCCGGCAUGAGCGGCUUCCUUCGCGACCAAAACCGUGGUUAUUGGCUCUACUAUCACGAUGAAGACAUGCAUCUCAAUGGGCUUAGCUAUGAUCCAGAUACGACUACCUGGACUUGGGAGGGAACCAUCAAUCACGACGUUCAAGGAAGCAACGCCAUCGCCGCAACCGCCGGGAAAGGCCAAAGCAACUUCACCGUCGUCACCCCUCGAGACGACAAAAACAUUGAAGUCACGAGAUGGGGCCUGGACCAGAAUUGGUACAUCUCCACCACCCCCCACCCGCUCAAAGGCAACUUCAGCACCAGCUCCGCCCCCUCGUCCUCCUUCGAAAUCGACUACUCAGCCCCCUCCAACUACUCCCUCCCCUCCUGGACAGGCCAACCAAAAUCCAUCGGCAUCAGCCUCGACACAGUCUAUAAUCGCUACGUCUACUACAUCGGCAGCGACAAGUCCCUUUACCGCCUCACCUCGCAAAACUACUCCUGGAGUCUCUGGGAGAACCAAUCCACAACGUACUGGCCGCAAGCCGACGAAGCCAACGCCGAACUCGCCGUCGUGAGCGCCAUCAUCACGGACACGAAAACCGCCAAAGUGCGCAUUUAUUAUGUAGUGGGCGGCAAGCUGGCCGAGGUGGCGCUGGACGGCAACGAUAACGACUGGAAGCAGUGGCGGGCGGUGCCGGAGUGGGAUCCCAAUAGCGCGAACAGCAGUACCACCACCUCCCCACCUAAUCCUUCCGCCACCUCCGGUUCUGGUUCCGGUUCGGCUACGGGAGUAGCCACCGAACCUGCGUCCGGUAUGUCCUCGGGCGCCAAGAUCGGCGUCGGCGUCGGUGUUGGUCUAGGCAUGAUGGCGAUGGGCGCCAUCAUCGCUGCUGUCUUGCUCUUCCGGCGCAACAAGAACAAAAACUCCGCUGAUCUUAACAGCCCCGAGGACGGCACGACGGUCGUGGGAUCCGAAGCCCCAACCGCCACCACAUCGCCCCUUCCGCCUUACGGCACGCUGGCCACCGGCUAUGGAGCAGGAGCAGCUGGAGCAGGAGCAGGAUGGGACCAGAAGAUGCCUCCUGGGGGCGGAGGAGGGUACACCAAUGUGCAGCAACUGGACACGACGGAACGGCCGAUGGAGUUGGACGCGCCUAGGGCGGUGUACGAGUUGCCGGAUCAGACUUAUAGUCAUGAGUUGAUGGCUGAUAACACGGCGACGAGGGUGGAGGCGCCGGGGGAUCAUGGUCAUCAGGGUCAGGAGACGCGGGUGUAG